AUCUUAGUGUCUGUGUUUAUUUGUCACCAUACUUUACGUAACCAAGAACCGUUACAGGGGCAUUGACAAGCCGCCGGCAUCCUGUCCUCGCUUAGGCCACUAGAGAGCGUGACCCUCAGGUAAAGUCAAGUAACGUGAAGUUGACACCUUGCUCUGGAAAAAUGUCAAGCAAGCUUGAUUAUGACUGCUGUUUUACAUGCCCUCGAACACUUGUUGGAAGCAGGAGUGUAAAGGGCAUUGCUCGUCUGCGACACACUGGCACACAAGUGUCCGAAGUUGUAAGGGAAGUCCUAGAAAAAGAUAUUUCCUUUGUGAAUCUCUGCUUCCGGUGCUACCGUCUGAUGCUUGGAAUAGAUUAUCAUAAAAGAGAACUGAAAACUUUAAAAGACAAAGUUUUAAAACUUUAUAAUGAAAAAAUCAAUAUUCACAGAAAUUUAUCAAAAAUUGAUGAAUCAAAAGAAACAGAAAUUGCUGGCAGUGAGAGAGAUAAAACUCUAUUAAUUACAAAUGUGUUGUCUGAUGAAGGAACCGAGGAACAGUCUCUAUCAUCUUUAAAAUUUUCAGAAACAUCUUCAUCUAGUGACCAUGUGUAUUACAAAAAUGUGAUUGACAACCAACUUGAAAACUUUAGUUUUAUUGAAUCAAAAACUAAAAACUACAGGGAAGCUGGGAAUAUUAUACAGAGGUCACGAUUGUGUGAAAACCAGGAGCAGAAAUUAAAAUGCCUUGUGUCGGAAGAAAAUUUAGGGAAAGAUAUUAACAUUAAGCCUUGCAUUCAAAAUAGUUCAAAGUGUGAAACAGAAAGUAGUAUUAAAGAAAAGGACAACAAAUUAAUGUUAGAUGAGUUACCACAAGUCCAAUCAAAGAGAAGGAAAAUAGCAAAGAAGCUGAAGGAUUUUGAAUAUUAUUCAGAUAAUAAUGCCAAAGGCUUGGAUUUGAGUUUAUCUAUGACCAGUGGAGAAGAUUCAGUAUGCGAGAGUGCUAAAUUAAUUAAUAGCAAAAUUAAAAUUAACUGCUACUUGUGCAAUAGAGACUAUACUACAAAAAAAGAUUAUAUUAAUCAUGAAUGUUUUAGGAAGAAAAGGAAAAGAAAUAUGUCAUACAUUUGCAAAGGGUGCCAGAGUGUGUUUGUUGUAAGAAAAGAUUAUAUUAAGCAUACUGAAUUCUGUUACAAAAAUGUGCCAGUCAAGUGUCAUAUUUGUUUGAUGAGACUCUCCAGUGCAGCAUACUUACCACGACAUAUGAAGUCAUUUCAUGAAGAAUUAACAGUAAUUAAACAAGGAUGUCUGUGUGAUCAAUGUGGUCGAAGCUUCAGCAGGAAAGAAGCCCUUGAGCGGCACCAAGCUCGUGUUCAUGGGGUGUCACAUGGAACUCAUCAGUGUUCUCAGUGUGGCCACACUUUCCCACACACCUCCCUCUUGGCUGAACACUUGAGGGCACAUAAGGGCUACACUUGCACUGAAUGUGACAAGAUGUUCAGUUGCAUGUCCAAUCUGACACUCCACAAGCGAGCACAUCAUCAGAAAAAAUCAUUAUUUCACUGCUCUAGCUGCAAUAAACAUUGGAAGUUUCAUGGCAGUUAUACCUAUCACAUGCGAAAGGUUCAUGGAUUUACUCAGCACAAAUGUUCAAAAUGCAAGACCCACUUUUCUGCUGAGGAAGCUUUACAAAAGCAUGAAGAGGACUGUGUGAAGAAUUCAAUAGAAACUGGUAUGAGAUACAUUCAUUCUAAGAAUACUGAAAAGUCAAAACAAAGUGGAAAGGAAGAUGAACAUCAGGAUACCAACAAUACUGUAGAAAAAGAUGUUGGAGGAAUAAAGAACGAUUUGGUUACUGGUGUGAGAGACAAGCAACUGACAGAUGCAGUAAAACCAAAUGGAACUUGUGGUGAUUAUAAACAGGACAAUGAUGUCACUAGUCAGACCUCCUCAGGUGACAGCAUUGAAAGAAUACAGCUGUUGCCUGCAAAACUCACAAAAGAAAACAAGAUAAACCUUACAUGAAGCUGCUGAGCAUUUGUUUCGUAUCGUCAUUGACUCUCGAGUUGGCAAAGCUGAUGCAGGAGCAGUAUAGCGCAACCCAAGCACACCACUUCAACUGCAAAUGACAGCCCUGAGGUUACCUGAGGUUUCAAUCAACUUGCCUAAAAGGUCAACACUUCAAAAACGAAGGGUGAACAGGAGCACUGUCCAGAGCGAACGAUGCACUAGAACCCCUACCCCAGCCAGGAACCAGGAGAUAUGGAUCUACACAUGGCCCAAAGCUGGAUCCGAAGAACUCAACUGAAGCAGACUGAGGCUAAAAUACUGCACUGCCAGCUAUCAAAGAUUGAUCUACCUUCCCUUCCCGCCCAACCACUUGGGCUAGACAGUAGAGCGAAGGCCCAUUUUUUUGCAAGCCGGUUUUCAAUCCCCGACUGUCCAAGUGGUUGGGCACAAUUUCGUCCCCAUGUCCCAUCAAAAAUCCUUAUAUUGAUCCCUUCCAAAUGCUAUAUAGUUAUAAUGAUUUAGUGAUUUCUCCUAAUAAUUCCCUUCCCUUCCCUUUCCCUCCAGAAAGUAGAAAGGGUGUAAAAAGAGAGGCAAACCGCAAGGAAUACAACUAAGAAGAUUCCUGAUGAUCUAGAACUGCACGCUGGAAAGCACGACAGGCCGCAUAUAGUGUAAAUAUGCAACCACAUCCCACAGCAGCAGCUCAAACAACUAGAGCAAUGCUAUCAAGGCAAUCUUUGAAGACAACACAAAUGGUGAAACCAGCUGGGAAGAACCCUGCUCUAAACAUAAUUACACCUGAUCAACCAGGCUGUGACUCAUACGUCAGGCUGCGAGCAGCCGCAUCCAACAGCCUGGUUGAUCAGUCCGGCAACCAGGAGGCCUGGUCGACGACCGGGCCGCGGGGACGCUAAGCCCCGGAAGCACCUCAAGGUAACACUGAGAAGAGCUCCAGAGUUGCACAAAAAUGGAGACCCUAUGCCAAAUGGAUCUAAAAUUUGUGGUCCAACAUGAUCUAUUACAGUAUGUACUUAUCAUUUUGACAAUGGCAUAUGAUAGAGCAAUCAUUGGCAAACAAUUCCAUUUAAAAAUCAUAAUUACAGUAUAUGACAAUUAUUGGUGGUCCCAACAUAACAUAAUGACCAGGAUUUACACAAACUCAACCAUUCUUGACAUAAAUCCCAGUAAAUUGAGGGUACCGGUAGUAUAGUCGAGUUCGUUCUUGACUCGCAAUCUAGAAUUCUGGGUUCAAAUCCCAGGCAAGAUAGAAAUGGCGGGUGUGUAUCCUAUCACCUAAUGUACCUGUUCACCUAGCAGGAAAUAGGUACCCAAAAGUCAGUCAGCUUAUUGUGGGGUUGCAUACUGGGGAGGGUCAGUAAUUAGACCCUAGGGAUAGGGGGGAAAGGGGGGGGGGAACCUGGAUACAAACCUAACAUGUACUGUAUGUAUAACCUGGCUGCCAGUCCUCCAACACAAUGAAUUAUUAUUAUUAAUAAAUUAUUCGCAAAAAAUUCUUUUAUGAUGCGUCUUGAUUAUGGCAUAUGAUACUGAUCACGGAUAAUUUGGUAUUAAAAUUAUAGAUGUACACACACACAACUUUAUUGAAACCAAACAUUCAAAAGGAGAGAACUUUUUCACCAAGCUUGAGAGAGGAAAUGAGGAAGGGAUAGUCUCACACCCUCCCUCCCUCUUCCCCCAUGCCCAGCAUUCAGCCGACUGCUGUUGCUUUGUCACACUUUUGGCUCACUUCACGCUCAUGCCAUAAAUUUUUCAGUAAAGUGAAAAUGUAUUUUGACUUAAUUACAAUCUUCGGCACAAUAAUUACCGAAUAAUGGACAUCCAUGUUAGUCACAAGGGUUGAGUUGACGGUUCUCCAACCUCCUAUCAAUUAAAAAACUAGAAAGAUCAGACCUAUGUGACAGGUAUUGAAGUAUUAUUAGUGUGACUCCAACUGUACACACAGAAGAUGAUGCAAGGCACCAACAUGGCACACGAGUCAGAAUCAGACAUAACACACACUAAAAUACCCAGCAACAGGCCUGGCCACGUGGACCGAGUCCCAAGCAGUACUGAUGUAAUGGCAACUCAAAAGGAGAAGCCCUGACUAGGACAACACCCAGAAUCUUGAAAAAUAUUACUGGUGGGAAUGGGUAAUACAAACUAGCUACAAGGCAGAGAGUUGAGAAACUAAAUCAGAAUGAAUGAACAGCUAAGGGCACACAAGAUGGGUGCCUUAAACUGACAAGUGAAGCAUGAAUAUAAACAAUACAAAAAGCAUGGCUCCCACAGAAAAUGUUCCCAUGAAUGCCAACAUCACUUACAUACAAUAUACAGUAGUUCAUAAAAUAUGAGUUGAAAACAAAAAAAACUGAGCAAGCUAGUGCCAGGAUGAAUAGGGAUGAUAGUGGUAGACAAUAGGGAUGAUACCGUGGGCUUCAGAACAGACCCUAUAAUGCCAGAAACCCAAAACUUACUCUCAUCAUUAGACCACACAUGCUGAAGAUCAUGCCUAGUACAUUCAUGUAGUCAGUAGUUGGAUCUUCACCAGGGGCCCCUGGAGUCCCUUGUGCUGAUGGUUUGUACCUGUCAAUGGUCAAAUUACAUUAUAUUGCAGUUGGUAUGUAUAAAAAUGUAAUAUUAAUGUAUUAUUAUUAUUACUGUAUCAGUAAGGUGUUAUUGAUCAAAUAAGUAACAUUAAAGCAUGAGUGAGAAGGCAAAUAAAAUGAAUUCAAUAAA